AUGCAUCACAUCCUCCCAAAAAGCCUUCGCAACGGGCACCACGAAGACCAGAACAACGACGCGUCCCCACCGCAGCAGAACUACUCGGAGACGAAGAAUGAGAACCCGUCUACGGUGAAGCGCCGCGAGAGCGAGAAGCAUGCAAUCGCGCACUGGGAGGACCAGAAGAGGCCGUUGAGCCCAUCGCAGAUAACCAUUGACCCGAGCAAGAAGCCUGUUGGACACUCGAGCAAGCACCUGCGAUGUCAGGACUUCGAACUGCUGAAGACUCUGGGGACUGGAACAUUUGCGCGCGUCUGGCUGGCACGGCUGGCGAAUCCCAAGGAGGGCGACGAAGACAAGGUGUUCGCGCUGAAGAUCUUGCGGAAGGUUGACGUAAUCCGUCUCAAGCAGGUUGAACACGUUCGCAACGAACGGAAUAUACUCGCCGUGGUGGCCGGUCACCCUUUCAUAACCACCAUGGUUGCCAGCUUCCAAGAUCAUGAUACACUGUACAUGCUUCUUGAUUACUGCCCCGGCGGCGAAGUGUUCUCGUACCUUCGCCGCGCUCGCCGCUUCAACGAACCGACCUCACAGUUUUAUGCCGCGGAGAUAUGUCUUAUCAUUGAGUUUCUACACGAGUCGGAAGGAAUAGCCUAUAGAGACCUGAAACCAGAGAACAUUCUGAUAGAUGCCGAAGGCCAUCUGAAGUUGGUAGAUUUUGGUUUCGCGAAGAAGGUUGAUGAUAGUGGGUUAUCCCUUCCGGGAAUGGCUCGUUGGGGUAAUGAUCGAGCGGGACCUCAGGGCUUACAAUGCUGUGCAGGAGAGACGUAUACGCUUUGCGGAACACCAGAGUACCUCGCGCCUGAAGUGAUCCGGAAUACCGGUCACGGCUGUGCCGUCGAUUGGUGGGCAUUCGGCAUCCUCGUGUAUGAAUUUCUCGUCGGCCAACCUCCCUUCUGGGACCAAAACCCGAUGAAAAUUUACGAGCAAAUUGUUGAAGGCCACCUCCGCUUCCCUCCCGCCAUGACACCCGCCGCUCGCUCUAUCAUCUCCGGGUUGUGCACUGUGGACAUUUCCAAGCGCCUCGGCAACAUCUCCGGCGGCGCUGCCCGUGUCAAGUCUCACGAGUGGUUCAAGAACAUCAACUGGGAUGACAUUUACUAUCGGCGCGUGAAGGGUCCUAUCGUGCCGCAUCUGAGAGGACCGGCAGAUACGAGGAAUUUCGAUGAGUAUGAGGACGAGCCGGCGGAGAGGAGCCCUUAUACUAAGGAGUUGCGGGAUAAGUGGGAAAAGGAGUUUGAGGACUUUUAG